UGCUUCACUAAUUGGUGUGAUGCGCUCUUGGCAGGGUUUGGUAGCAGCAGCAUAUGCAUUGGGUGAGUGGGAGAAGACACUACAAUACAUUGGAGUUUUUGGCCUAUGUCAGACUUUAUACCGUCGAGUUUCUUCUUACGAGGAUUCAGAGGAUUUUAAACAGGAUAUGAGGCAACUUUUGGUCCCCGUUAGGCUAGGAGAACAGGCAAUGACAUGGGCAGUUGGCAAGUUGGAAACAAACCGUAGUCGUAAUGGCCUACCAACUUCACCUUCUUCAACUGAUGUCCAGAGCAGGGUGUUGCAAGCUGCUGCAAAGCAUGAAUCUCAACCAGAAAAUGAAGAGCUUCAGGAUCCGUCCCCUGAAACUGUGUCUUCCGUCAGUGAAAACGUUGAUCUUUCUGAAGCAUAGAACAUUAAGUAGUUUUCAGCUAACUUUGAAUAGUUCAAUCGAAUGAUAUUGCAUGUUGCUGGAAUCCGUUCUGUAGAUUCAAUUAAAGCACUGAUAUUAUCGACCAAAUAAACCGCACCUCAAAUUUGUAUAGUCAAGACCCUGAUAUUUUUUUUGUAAUGAAUAUGUAAUGAUCUGCUGAUUAACAGGAAUGUCCCUAUAAGGAACUCUGUAUACCAGUCCCUUACAGGGCCUAAAACAAGUUAAGUGGGGAUGAGUCUUUAAAAAUUGACCCUGUUUCCUAAA